CAAGGUUCUCUUAUUCUACGCAACGAGGUACUUGUCCUUGGACUGCUCACUUCAAUAUAUCUCUUCGUCUCAAGAAAUUUGAUCAUCUCGCGUAUGGAUAAAGUGCCUCUCACAUGGCGUUGGUUAGGACUUUUCAUGAUGACUGUGUCAGCGAGGCCAAUGAAGUCAUGACGGCCGGUCAAGACUGAGUCUUGACUCUGAACCAAAAAGUCGCUCUCAAUACUGUGGAACUUCCGGUUGUGCCCCAGUCCAAGCUCGUCCACUCCCCCGUCACUCGCGGUGAAAACGGUGUCAUAUUCGGACGCAUGAGAUAGACGAGGGAGAACUUGGUCUGGUCACAAGUCGGGCGGAGGCUCAAUCCGGUGCAAACACGAUCGAAGAGCGCUUUUCGAAAGGGCAGUCAAGGAGUCUCCCGCGUUUACGAUCGCGUGCCCGGGUUCGGGAGCAAUGUACCGCCAAACCUCCAGGCCUGGCAUGCAUACUUGUAACCCGCCAGUGUUGGAAAGACGAUUGCCAGUCUCCCAAGGUUGGUAUGUGCAAUGUGGCCAAUAUUCGCGUCACUACUGCCGUAAGGCAGAUACUUGAGUAGACCAAGACCUGUCGUUGAUAGCUCGCACUUGCGAUGGCAGUCUUUCAGGUCGCGAGAGAGCUGCAAUGCCCGCGACAA